AUGGCGGAGCCGCGGCGGGGAACGGAGCCGCUGUGGCGGACGCCGCCGACCCGCCUGGCCCCGCCGCACAUUUACCGUAUGGCGGAGGCGCUGGGCGCCGAGCUCCGCCGUCUCUCCGGCCGGUUCGGGCCCGAGGCGGUGGCCGGGCUGGUGCCGCCCGUCGUGCGGCUGCUGGAGCUGCUGGAGGCGCUGGUGGCCCCGACGGGCACCGAGGGGGAGGCGGCGGCGGCAGCGCCGGGCGGGCGGCUGGACGCGGAGGACCCCGAGCAGAGGCUGUGGGAGGCCGAGCGCCGGGAGCGAGCCCUGCACGGCCGCCUGGCCCGUCUGGAGGAGCAGAACCAGCAGCUCCUGGGGCAGCUUGCAGAGAGCCAGUCCCAGGAAGACAGCACAGCGCGGAAGGAGCGGGAGGUGAUGCUGCGGCUGAAGGAGGUGGUGGACAAGCAGCGGGAUGAGCUUCGUGCCCAAGCCCACGAAAUCGUCUGCAAGAGCCGAGACACGGAGGCGCUGCAGGAGCAACUGCAUCGCUUCAUGGCCAUGAACGAGGACCUGCGGCACAAGGUGGCCAUCGUGCAGGCUCAGCUCAAGAGCGCGCUGGAGAAGAAGUCAGACCUGGAGGCCGCCAUGCAGCAAACCCAGAGGGAAAUGAGCAGGAGGAGCAGGGUCACCCCUGAGACCCAGCAGCCAAAUUCCAGUCUGGAGGGAGUGCCGUCACCCACGGAGGAGCCACAGCACCAGGAUGCGGGCAGGAGCCCUGCUCACUGCUGCUUCUCCAAGGAAGAGCUGCAGGAGAUCCUGCAGGAGCGGAACGAGCUCAAGACCAACCUGUUCCUGGUGCAGGAGGAGCUGGCCUACUACCAGCGGGAGCUGCUGAACGAAGAGCGAGUUCCCAGCUUCUUCUUGGACGCCAUGAAGUCAACCAUCAAAAGACAGAGAAAAAAAAUCAGAGCCAAAAUGCUGGGAACAGAGGAGGAGUCGGCGAGCAGCGAUGAAGAUGAGGGCUCCUGGCACCCAGCUACUGGCACAGACUGCGUGGAUGCUCAGCCUCCCGAGUCCAAAAUUAGGAGCUUUUUCGGGCUGUGGUAUCAGGGCAGCAGCAAAGACCCCCCCACAUCCAGCUGCUCCGGAACAUGGGAAAUCAUCGACUCUCUGGACACGCAGCUAGAGCAGGAGGGAGAGAGCGAGCCGGUGGCCGGCUCCCCCGACAGAGCCACACCACCCCCCUGACCCCACCUGAUGGGGAGAUGGAUCCGGCCUCGCAGCGGUGCUUCCUGGUUCCUUUUCUGGCAUCUUCGAGAGCGGCACAGCAGCCCUGGAUCCUUCCCCAUGCCGUGGCGAUGGCGAAGCUGCAGCGCAGGCAGCCUUCCUCCAAACCCUCUGGGAUGCUUGGCCGUGGGGUGCCCCCUGGCAUGGGACAGCUCGGCACCUCCAGGCAUCACUGCCUGUCAGCCACCAUUUUGUUGUGCCCGUGGUUUAGCUCUGAGGGUCCUGAACAGCCGUGGCUCUGCUCCUCACUUCUUCAUGCCUGCAGCUCAGCGGGGCAGGAAUCUGCACCCAUUUCUCACUGCGGCACCCCAAAAGGGGCUUCUUUCUGCCAAACACUUCUCCUCACACUGGAUCCUGCCCCCUGGGGUUAUUUCACUUCACCCCUUUCUGUUCGUACCUCCCCCCACCCCUGCAAUGUGAAGGUCGAGUUGGGACCAGCUGGGCACUGUCCUGGGGUCCUGGCACUGCUGGGAAGGGCUGGUCACGCAGCACCGGGUGUCUGGGAGCAGUCAGGUCAGUGCCACCAGUGCCACUCCUGCACUGGUCAGGCGUGGGGGGAAUGGGUUUUGUACUGGAACCUCUUCCUGCCGUUACUGGGAACUGGAAGACUGGGACAAUCCUCAUGUUCACGGGGCGAGUCGGUGCCCUCGGGUCAGGUAUUUUCUAGCUCUAGAACUGG